AUGGCCCCGAAGAAAGUGGAACCCAAGAAGACAGAGGUAAAGAAACCAGAGGCAAAGAAAGAGGAGGCUCCCCCUCCUGCUAAACCUGCAGAGCCUGAGGUCAAACUUCCUGAGGUGGACCUGAAGAGCAUCGUGGUAGAGUUCAGCCCAGACCAGAUCGAGGAGUUCAAAGACGCCUUCACACUGUUUGACGAAACACCCACAGGAGAGAUGAAGAUCACCUAUGCUCAGUGCGGAGAUGUCAUGCGAGCUCUUGGACACAACCCAACCAACGACGACGUGCUGAAGCUGCUGGGGAGGCCAAAGGCAGAGGAGAUGCACUCCAAGCUGCUGGACUUCGACAGCUUCCUGCCCAUGCUGCAGCACGUGGCGCGCUCCAAAGAGCAAGGCACCUUUGAGGACUUCGUGGAGGGUCUGAGGGUGUUUGACAAGGAGGGCAACGGCACGGUGAUGGGGGCAGAGCUCCGUCAUGUCCUCUCCACACUGGGGGAGAAAAUGACAGAGGACGAGGUGGACCGGCUUAUGGUGGGACAGGAGGACGCCAACGGACACAUCAACUACACCGAGUUUGUCAAACACAUCCUGGCCGGGUAG